UAACGCGCAUGCGCACAGCUAAAGCCAGCCGCUAAGCCUUGUGUCAAAACACAGAGGGAAACCAGCAGCAGGCAGUGAAAGAUCUCACUUCGACCUGAGCUUUCGCUCUGCUUUUCAGAACGUAUUUGUCGGUAUAAAGUGUUUAUUAUUUACGUCUGCGUACCAUGACCGAGCAAUCAGCACUGCUUCUUCGAAAACAAUUGGCAGAGCUCAACAAGAAUCCUGUGGAGGGCUUUUCAGCUGGUCUGAUAGAUGAUGACGACAUAUACAAAUGGGAAGUUGUAAUCAUUGGUCCACAAGAUACCCUUUUUGAAGGAGGGUUUUUCAAAGCAUACCUAACCUUUCCCUAUGACUAUCCACUACGGCCUCCAAAGAUGAAGUUCAUCACUGAAAUCUGGCACCCAAAUGUUGCAAAGAACGGAGAUGUCUGCAUCUCGAUUCUGCAUGAGCCAGGAGAAGAUAAAUUUGGUUAUGAAAAGCCUGAGGAGCGCUGGCUUCCGAUCCACACAGUAGAGACAAUCAUGAUUAGUGUUAUCUCCAUGCUGGCAGACCCCAACAGCGAUUCACCAGCUAACGUUGAUGCUGCGAAAGAGUGGAGGGAGGACCCUAAUGGUGAAUUCAAGAGGAAGGUGGCCCGCUGUGUAAGAAAAAGUCAAGAGAUGGCAUUCGAUUAGGAGUCAAUUGUAAAUUCCAGGUGUAAGGAAAUGCCUUUGGAGGGAAAGUUUCAGCAAAAGGCUUUUGCACCCCUUGUUUUGCCAGUCAAAGAAAUCGAUUGGCUUCAAACCACAUUUCUGU